CCCGAUCUGAUUUGCUGGCCGGAAGCCCAGCCACUUUCCAUCCAAGGGUCGUCGCCACCAUCGCGGCUCCCCUUUCCCUCCCUCAACCCUAUUCAUACCCCAUGAGGCAAGAUGGCUGCGGCACCACUGGAAAACGUUGACAAUGCCCUGAUUCCUUGCCUUGGACAGGUGCUCUGGUCCUGGACAACCUGUGCAGCUUGCCUGUCAGGACAAGGAUGUGUCUCUAGCGCCUGCCCGUGCCGGCGGAGCUGUCGUCUCGAGCGGUAUCUGCAGUACUACAAGGCUGUCGUCUCGGCAUAUGUCGACGCGGCCACCAACUCGUCCAGGCCCCUGAAAAGCCAUGAGGACCUCUUCCGGGCAAUUGCCCUGCUCAAGUCCCAUCCCGACGCCACCAGGACUGAGUUCUAUCAGCUCGCUUUUCCCCCGAGCGAUGGCGAGAGGCCCCACGACCCGGCUGACCUCCUCCAAGCCACGUCUUUGGUCGUAAAGGUGCUUUUGAUGGUCGAGUCUUCGGCGCUGCACCACCUGUCGGACCGCGUCGAGAAGGGAGCUUUCCGUACCUACUGGAAGGACGAUGUCCCCUUCAGCCAGUACAUACGGGAGCUCUUCCCCGUUGAAAGCCAUCCGGUUCUCAGCUACGCAGACAGCGAGCGCUUUCUCGACGUCAAGUCAGAGCUGCGAGCAACAAAACUGAAGAAGAAACUGGGGGUGUCAUUCCGGCCCACGCACGAUAUCCGCAACCACCUCUGCUUUGACCGCAAGCAGAACGUGCUCGAGAUUUUUCACCACACGGCCUUCCUCAAGGAACAGCUCCGGGCAACCAAGAGGAGCGGGGACGUUUCGAACCCCUCCGCGAGCAUCAAAUUCGGAGCCCUACCCCGUCAGCUAGUGCUCGAAGUCCUAGGCUCAACCCAAGACGUGCUCUUUCCCCUCUCCGACCCAAAGUCAAAGCGCCUCCUCCGCUCUCUCGUCAAGUCCUGCUCCCUCGACCCAGACGUUCUCAGCUUCGAGUUUAGCUCGAUCCGCAACCCCGGGGAAGAAAAUACCGCCUACGUCUUUCUGGCCGACAAGCUCUCGGACCUACACAACGAAAUGCGCAACCCCGCUCCCCGCGGACGGCUUGAGAGGCUGGUGGAGCGGAGGAGCGGCGCGCGCUACAUGAUGAUGGCGACCUUGAUCGGCGUUAUCUUCGCUGUGUUGUUGGGCAUGUUGUCCCUGGCUGUGAGCUUGUACCAGACUUGGAUUUCCUAUCAGGCGUGGCAGCACCCCGUCUCGCCCGCCUAAUGAAUCGGGACCUAGGCGGAGCAACCAUCAGCCAGUGAGGUCCUAUGACGGGGACGGGAGUCUAGGAGUCGUAGCGGCGGAAUAUAAACCUCGUCCAGA